CUGUCACUAUAAUUAAAAAGAUGUAAUAGAAAUUUUCUUUGUGAAGAAAGUUAAUAUUUUUUUAAACAAAUUAAUAAUUUGUUGAUAUUCAAAAAAAUAAAUAUGUAAACAUCGUUUUAAAAAAAUAAGCAUAAAAUUUAGUGCAAAAGAAAAAAUACGCAGUAACUUGACGUCAUACUUAUUUCAUAUCUGUGCUUUGUUGUCAUAGCAGAGCAGAGUAUACCGAAAUAAAAGAGAACACACUAUAUUGCAUAAAAAAAUUAUAUACAGCUGAUGAACCCCUUAAGUACUAAAUUCGCUUGAUUUAGGUCAAAGUGAAUGUGUACAUGGAGAAACGAGUGCACGAUAGUGUGUGUGUAAAAAUCAAGCGGUAAUAUUAAAAUUUCCCAAAACAAAAACGCGCGAAUGAGUAUUUUGGCGCGGUUAGGGUGAGAUGCAUGCAUUUGGUAGAAUGUCUUUUGGAGGGAAAAUGAAAAUCAGUAGUGAAUUGGGCGCGCUAAAAAGACGACGUGGUAGCACAUAGCUGAGUGCCGUUUAAUUCUAACUAAUUCAACUAAUAUAAAUUUAUGUAAAGAAAUAUAUAAAAUAUUCAAAUAUACUAAAAAAUUAUUGCAAUACAUUUACAAAAUAAGUUUUAAUUUAAAAAUUAUCGUAUUCGUUUAAUAAUUUACGUGUAAAUAAUUUAAAAGUAUAAUAUGGCACAACCAUCAAUUGCAGCGUACUUUAAUACUCGUAAAAGAGCUGUUAUUGAGGAUAACACAAGCAUAAAGAACAGACGCCUUAUUGAACCCACAUUGACAACUACACAAGACAUAACAACGCUUAAUUCUGAACCUUCUACUUCACAAUCUACUCACAUCCCGCACGAUGAUGAAAUUACUUUACUCAAGAAGGCGUCAUCUGGUGAACUACGCACACGUUCAGGCCGUAAGGUUAAAAGAAUUGGUGCACAACAAAUUGAUAUUAAAGAUGUUAUACCCAAGAAGAUCUCAAAAAUUGAACAAAGUUCAAAACAGAAAAAACUGGUAGAGUUCAUAAAGAAAGGACCACUAUCACCUCGUAAGAAAUGUACGAACUCUGAAACUAGUGAAAUGCAAAAACUCAAUGAAGAGACGCCAAAAACAAAUAUAAUUGCCACUGCAUUCGCUGACAAAAACAGUAUAACCAAUGUGCAAAGGGGCUUUAAAACACCAACCAAACAAAUCAUCAAGGGUUCCACGCCCAUUAAACGUAGCGAAUUCAAGAGUUUGGUUAAAAAGGAACUAAAUUUUGACGAAGUUAAGACAAAAGUUUCACGUAGUGCUAAAUUGCAAGAACUCAAAGCCUCUCUGUCACGCAUACAAGAGUUGGAGAAAACUCGUAAAGCACAGGAGGAACGCAAUCGUCUCUUACGUGAGGGUGUUACCGAAGUUAAGAAAACCCCAGUUGUGCAACUGAAAGAAUUCGAUACCAUAGAACUAGAAAUUCUUACCAGUCCCUCAAAAACACACAAAACACCUACAAAACGGACACCACCAACACCAAACAAAAAUGAGCUUAUGUCACCACGUCAUACGGACGUAUCCAAACGUGUGCUCUUUAGUCCCGCUAAAAAUGGUACUCCCUCAAAGUUGGUGGUACCGCCAGCUUAUCAACGUUUCUUAAGUCUGAUUGAGACAAGCAAAGCUGGACAAUUGCCGCUACCCUUCAAGUACAGGCAUUUAAUAGAAAUUUUUAAAGGAUUGGACUCAGUGUGUGCUAUGUUCCAUAACCGCAAAGAAUGCAUCACAUUUAAGAAACUUAAACCCGCUGUACAACGUAUGCUUCGCAAGAAUUUCCAUGAAUCGCACUUGGCACAAAUAAAAUAUUUGUAUCCAGAAGCUUACAACUUUACACAAGUGAAAAUGCGUAAUUAUGGUUCCGCUUCCAAGGCCGAUUACUUCCAAUUAGUGGUUGUGCCUAAUGUGGAAAAUGCGUCCGAUAAACAAACUAUGACCAAGAUCGAUGAGGACAAUAUACUAGCUAGUGGACAAAGUACUGCUAUGAAUCCACAAGUAAUGACAGAACGUUUACAACGUUUCCAAUGUAUACUUUUAGAACGCGUUAAGGAUGAGCAUAAUAAGUUCUUAAAAUCACUGGAACCACCACUAACAAUACCAAAAAAUAAGAUAACGCGCUGGCAUCCAGAUUUUGAUUUAGAAAAUUGUGACGAAAUUGAGUGCGCACGCCUGCCACAACCACCUAACAUGGAGAAAUACUCUUCCGCACGUGAUAUACUUUCCACGGCAAGGAAUCUAUUCAAUUGUGCCACACCUAUGGAACGUGCGCUAGAACGUUACGAAGCAAAAGUUGAGGCAGAACGCAUUGCAACAGAAAAUUUAAUUAAUAACCAAAAGAACGUAACAAUAAGUUUUACACAAACCACAAGUACGGGUGGAGAGCUGUUAGCAAGCAAAACAGAUCCACUGGCAGCAACUACAACUAAACAAUCUACCAAUACAUCACAACCAACAGCAAUGCAACCAGCGCCAAUUGAUGUCACGACCACGUUAUUGAAAGGUGUGCCUAAAUCUCUGCUGGAGAAAAUACGUGCAAAACAAGCUGCUAAAGCGCUGGAUGCAAUGACACGUCGCCCUUCACAGGAUCAAGAAGCGACUAAGUACUCUAGAUUACCAGAAAUGGCGAGGCAUUUACGUAAUGUUUUCAUCACGGAACGCAAAGGGGUUCUGACGUUGGAAAUUAUCAUUAAAAAAAUACAAAACAGUUUCCGUACCUCUUUGCUGCCGCAGGAGAUUGAGGCGCAUCUUAAACUGAUCGCCAAGGAAAUCCCAGAAUGGAUUGCAUUUCAUGAAGUACGCAAAACUAUGUAUCUUAAAAUUGAUAAGAACUUGGAAAUGAAUGAGGUCAUCAAAAAAUUAGAAGAACUAGCAAAUUCAAAGAGUAAAUAGCACUCACCUAUUUGACAAAUGCAAGGAAUAAAUGGCCUAUGAUCCAUUUGGAUAAUAUAAGAAAUUGACAUAAGUUCUUUUUCGUCGUUGUAGUAUUUUUACUAUUUCUUAUUUUAUUUGUUACAAU